AUGGCUGAAGGCAAUCACUCAGCAGUGUCUAGAUUUAUCCUCUUCGGACUCACAGAUGAUGCAGAGCUGCAGGUCAUUCUCUUUGGUGUAUUCCUAGUAGUCUACUUAGUCAGUGUCAUGGGUAAUCUUGGACUGAUUGUGCUGAUCCAAGUCAGUCCUCAGUUGCACACACCCAUGUAUUUCUUCCUCAGCCAUCUGGCUUUCAUUGACUUUUGUUUUACCUCCUCUGUCACCCCAAAUAUGCUUAUAAAUUUUUGGCAGGAAGUUAAAAGUAUAACAUUUUAUGCAUGUGCUGUUCAGUUGUGCUGCUUUGUCAUGUUUGUAGUUUCUGAAUUGUACCUGCUGUCCAUCAUGGCCUACGAUCGCUACGUGGCCAUCUGCAGCCCUCUACUUUAUGUCAUUCUCAUGCCUAGGAAACUCUGCAUUCAAAUGAUUGCUGGCACCUACAUUUAUGGGGUCUCUGUGGGUCUGGUCCAAGCAGUGUCAACAUUCCAGUUGUCCUUUUGUGGCUCCAACAUGAUCAACCACUUCUACUGCGAUGAUGUCCCCUUAAUUGCUCUGGCUUGUUCUGACACUCACAUCAAAGAGUUAUUGUUGCUAAUCAUCGCAGGGUUCAAUACCCUUUGCUCUCUAGUGAUUGUGCUCAUUUCUUAUGCCUUCAUCCUCUUUGCCAUCCUGAGGAUUCAGUCUGCAGAAGGAAGACAGAAAGUGUUUUCUACCUGUACGUCUCACCUGACCUCCAUCUCAAUAUUUUAUGGGACUGUUAUUUUUAUGUACCUCCAGCCUAAGUCAAGCCAUUCUCUGCACACAGAUAAAUUUGCUUCCAUGUUCUAUGUGGUAGUGAUUCCCAUGUUAAACCCAUUGAUCUAUAGUUUAAGGAAUCAGGAGGUAAAAAAUGCUGUGAAGAAAAUUAUAGAAAAGUUGUGUUUGGCUAUCAAAUAA